AGCCAUCUUGUAUGAUCAAACUAACUCCACAUCAGUUUCCCACCCCUCCUGCAGCCUUGGCUCAGGGAGAAGCUGGUCUUAGAAGCGAGGGGUCCAGGAAACCAAGAGUGAGGAGAUAUUGAACUGUGGACUCUCAACUGACAGGGGCUUCUGCUUUGUCCAGGCUCACUCACCUCCCGCCGAGAUGUCCUCCCAGCAGCACCAGCAGCAGUGCCAGCCCCCUCCCAAGUGCCCCUCGCCCAAGUGCCCCCCAAAGAGCCCCGCACAGUGUUCACCUCCAGCCUCCUCGGGCUGUGCUCCAAGCUCCGAGGGCAGCUGCUGCCUGAGCCACCAUGGGCACCGCAGGUCCCACCGAUGCCGGCGCCGGAGCUCCAACUCCUGUGACCGUGGCAGUGGUCAGCAGUCCGGGAACUCCAGCUGUGGCCAGGGCUCUGGGGGCUGUUGCUGACCUGGGCUCCUGAUGCUGAGAUGAACAACUCCAGAGGAAACAAGAAUCCAAAGGGUCAAGGAAAAGCCCAGCCUGACGCAUCCUUUCCCAGAUACAACAUCCUCGCUUUCCCAGCCUGAGCUGGGGAUGUUCCCUGGAGGACUUGGAGCUCUCUCCGGAAGGCUCUUUCUGUCCUAUGUCCAGGAUCUCACAGUUCCCCCACCCCCUGCAUGUGCAAUGAUUGGCAGGGCCUGUGCUUGACUGUGAAAAAUAAAGCUUCUC